UGACAGUCAUCAUACAUUUACAAACCCUACUAGAACCUUUAUGGGCUAUUUAUGCAGUUCCUCUCUUUCUUGGUAUUCCGACCUCGGGAACGUAUAAAACCGGGCGGCUUCAGCAGUAGAAAGACUACAUCCAGUACCCAUCGACAUUAGUACACUCUCGUCUCGUUGUAUCCCAACCAUCCACCAGUCCAUCUAACGACCAUGUGCAAACAAGUAGCUGAAGGGACGCGCUGGCUAAGAUGUGGGCACUUUCAAAGGCAUCUCGUUAUUGCCAUCGUAGAUUGUAAUUCCGCUCGCUGCGAGCGCAGUUACAAACACCCGCCAAACUGUCGGCAACCAAACUGUACCAAAAACUUCGGACCCGAAAUCCAGCGCUCGAUCGACGAUGUCGACGAGAUUUGUCUACAGUGUCGUACAGCAAUGGCUCGCAGGCGUGGUUGAUAGGGUUCUGAGUAGCAUCCGUCUUUAGAGGGCGGGCAAAACAUCUUUCCCCACAUUGAUACUCUCACAUUAUUCGUGUUAGCAUUAC